GUGGAUAUUUAGUGGUACUGAACUGUGGAGCUGACAAAGAUGGUAAAGGCCUUUUUCCAAUAAAGGGAGAAAUGCCACAACUCGGGAAAUUACUAAGUACAAUGCUUCAUGAUGGUCUUAUUACACAGGAGGAAUUCCUCGACGCGAACUUUGAUGUGGACAUAUACAGAACUGAGGAAGACCACAGUCGCCCGUUUACACAGGGGGACAGGCUGACGCAGAUGGGUCUGGAACUGGUAUCGGUUCGCUCAUUCACCAACUGGCUGGAGCAUCACACGUUCGACAUCGUAGAUAAAGACGAAGCUACCAAGGCAGAGUAUGCCGAGAGGGUGGUGGCAGGUAUAAAGCCGUGGUUCUACCAUGUGAUCUACAACGGGUUGUCGAGAACGAGGCCACAGGAGGAAAGGACGCGACUGACAGAUCUCUACUUCGAUAGAAUGAGGGUAUUUGCCCAUGACAACCAUGGCGGCAAGACUCAAAUACCAUUGCAUGAGACGGUUGUCAGGAAACGCCUCUAAGGGGAAAUAUUGAAGUCCUCGCGACAGUUUUAUUGACUGAAAAAACUCUAUUAUUCUAAGGCAUGGGCCGUUGAACUAUAAACUUGUAUUAAAGAAUAAUAUCAUAAUCAGUUCCUACAUAAACUAUUUUUUAUAAAGUCCAUGUGAAUACCAUUUUAGCAUCAUUUAUUUUUCAGUCAACAAAAUCAAAAGAUGAGUUUUACAACAAGAAAUCUCAGAGGAAUCUUGGUACCCAUCAUCAUUGAAUCUUUAUUUGGUAUAUGCAUUAGUUUUUAAUCUCUAUAUCUUCCUUUUACUUCCUUUUCGCCUCUAAUCAUUUGAAAACAAGGUGACUCCGGAACCUCAUAUGAAAUUGGAGAAAAAUACAAUCAGAGAAAUUUCCACUUUAAAAACUCAAAAUGACCACCUUUCAACAACUUUAUUGUCUACGAAGCACUUGGAUUUGGCAUCAGGCAAAACCUAUAUUUACCAUCUCCAAAUAACUGUAGUAAUUUUAGUCUGGUAGUAUUGUUUUAGUUAUGUAUUCUGAUUUAUAUACAUCGUAACAGAAAUAUAUAUUUGUUUCACAACAACCGUAUGUUGGUGAGGUAAGGUUUAAGUAUUAAAAUGGCCAUGGGAAAUAAUAGGUUUAAUGAGUUAGUUUAUGAGUUUUCAUCUUGAUUGGUUAAAAAUUUAGCAUACAAGUAAUGUUUUGUUUGUUUCAUCUCCAAGGUUACAGGUACAAGUUGGGUAAUCUCAAAUAAUCAUGAAAUAGUUCCAAUUUGAGAUUGCUAGCUACAUUGCUAAGCUGGCAUGAAAUGAUAUUCAUAGUUCGGACAACCCUCGUUUACAA